AUGCUGAUCUUUAUUAUUCUCCUUGCGUUUGUCAUUUAUAUAUGGCUUAAGAGUCGAUUUCAGUUUUUUGACAGACUCGGAUUUCCUUUUGUCGAACCAAAAAUUCCAUUCGGAAGUCUUGGAAAAGUUGGACAAACUGAGCACAUGAGUGAUUUUCUUAGAAGAGAGUAUGAAAGAUUCAAGGAAAAAUCGCCGGCAUUUGGAAUUUUUAUGUUGACAAAGCCAUGCCUGGUUCCAACAAAUAUUGAAUUAAUAAAAGAUAUUUUAGUCAAACAAUUUGACAACUUUCAUCAACAUGGAAUUGAUAUAGAUUUUAGGAACGAUCCACUUGUCAAUAAUUUAUUCUUCAUCGAUGGGCAGGCAUGGAAAGAUUUAAGAGCUAAGUUAAGCUCAACAUUCACGACUGGUAAAAUAAAAAUGAUGUUUCCAAUAGUGUCAGAAAUAGCCGAUAGAAUGAUUGAAUAUUUAAUGUCACAUUCUAAUGGACGUAAAGAAUUGGAAAUGAAUGAAGUUUAUUCGUCAUUUACAACAGAAGUGAUUGCUAAUGUUGCAUUUGGAUUGGAUAUAAAAUGCCAGGGAAAUCCUAAUAAUGAAUUCAGAAGAAUGGCAAUGGAUGUCUUUCAUCCAUCGGGAUGGGAAAAUUUAAAAGCAAUUUUUAGAAAUUCAUUUCCAUCUGUAGCUGCGAAGUUAGGAAUUGGAUUUAAUACCCAAAGGACUAUUGAUUUUUUCACUAACAUUGUCCGUGACAACUUUGAGUAUCGCGAGAAAAACAAUAUUCAAAGGAACGAUUUUUUCCAGUUACUGAUUAAUCUUAAAAACAAAGACGGCAGCUUGACAUUUGAAGAAAUUACUGCCAACAGUUUUGAGUUCUUUGUGGCUGGCCACGAAACAAGUUCAAGUGUCAUGACAUUCUGUACAUACGAACUUGCUCUGCAUCAAGACAUUCAAGAUCGUUUGAGAGCCGAAAUUAAAGAAGUUCUUGAAAAGUACGAUGGAGAAGUGACUUACGAUGCAAUAAUGGAAAUGAAAUACCUAGACAUGGUCUUCAAUGAAACAACAAGAAAGCAUCCAGUGAUCGAUAAUCAACUUAGACGAUCAACUAGAGAUUACAAGAUUCCUAAUACUGAUUUAGUGAUUCCUGCUGGUACACAGAUUAUAAUACCUGUUAUUGGAAUUAAUUAUGAUUCGAAAUAUUACGAGAAUCCUGAUGUGUUUGAUCCUGAGAGAUUUACACAAGAGAAUAUUAAGAAGAGGUAUCCAUUUGCAUUCAUACCUUUCUCUGAAGGACCUCGGAUCUGCAUUGGCUUGAGGUUUGGAACAAUGCAAGCAAAACUUGGUCUGGUUAAGCUUUUGCAAAACUUUAAGAUUCUUCCAAGUGACAAAACUCCUAAUCCAAUGAAAUAUUCACCGACAGCUCCUUUUCAAAGUCCAGAUGGUGGAUUGUGGUUAAAAAUUGAGAAGCUUGUUUGA